CUGGCAAAACUCGGAAGUCAAAAGUGGUGUACGACACUCAUUUACCAACUAUUGUGACAGACUUGGUUGAAUAAUCACUUGAUUUGAAAUGUCUUGAUGCUGUUGAUUUGCAUAAUGGGGAACACUGAAUAAAAAACGAAGUCGUCUCUACUUCGUUUUCUGGGAAGCUACGGUUACCCCAUUCAAACGAUUGACAAGUAGCGGUGGUGGUGACGCAUUGGCAACAAUUCAGGCAAUUUCCUAAUGGUAGAGGAAAGUCUGGACAAAUGUCCACGUAAGCAGGUUUGUCUAAUUGAAUAUAAUAGAUAAAAAUCUUAAUGUAUGUAAAUAAAUCUUGGAAAACCCCGAAAAAUUUAAAAUUGUGAAGAAAGUAGCCAAGCACUCAUUACCAUGCACCACAUAACACCAGUCAUCAUUCAGUGAUGUCAAGCCUGCCAACAUUUCAUGUCUUUGGUCAUCUGUCAAUAGCAGGGCUGCCACUCCUACGGAUUUUACCGUAGGCUACGGUAAAAUGGCCUUCAUACUUGCCUACGGAUUCCGUAGGCCAUUCCUACGGAUAAAUGCAGCACUGAGCAAACACAUACUCGAUGAUCACAUGGCAUUUAGUUGUAGGUCUUCCGAAGUCACUCAACGUCGUGCUAUCGAACCGUGGUGUGUACUGUACGUAAAUUUGUAUGUCUAACUUACCUAGUACAAUGUACAAACAGUACGAACGUCGAUUUCUUUUGCAGUAGUCUAACAGUUCCGGGAUGUUCGGGGAUGUGAGGUAGUCUCGCGUAGCCAGACCUUUCACUACUUGUCAGGCGCCUAGCGCCUGAGGUGAAAGCCUGGCCACGCGAGGCUAGAUGCGGGCAGCGUAUCCGGGAUAGAUCCGAUCGUGCAUCAUGAAACGAUGGCUACAGGCCUACAAGAAGGAGUGGGAGAGCGAUCCUGUAUGCUCUGGUUGGUUAACAGAGUCGAAGAGAAGUGCAGGCAUGGCCUUCUGCAGUCUGUGCACUAAGGACCUCAGCUACAAGACUGGCGGUCUUAGGACCUUGCGUACCCACGCAACCUCGCGGGAGCACGUUGCAAGAGUACAACAAAAAAAUUCUGGAUGGAAAGGCACUAUCAAGGCCAGCUUUGCUCCAAAGCAAGAGAACGCUGUUUCGGUAGCUGCAACAAACGCCGUCCUAAAAUUGGCAUUCUUCUUUGCUGAGCAUGACGUAGCUCUUGCAGUGUCUGAUCAUCUGACUCCACUGCUUCCAAUCCUUUUCCCGGAUUCUAAGAUUGCUUCAGCCGUUUCUGCCGGGCGCACCAAAAUGACUGCAGCCGUGCACACCGUUGCUGAUAGCAUGCACGCACAUCUCGUUUCCCAGAUGAAAAUUGGAUUUUUCAGCAUUGUUCCUGAUGAAUCUACUGAUAUAUCAGUGUUUGAACAGGUGGCAGUAUCAGCUCGCGUGAUCGACACUACAGAUGGAUUGGUGAAGUCCUAUAGUUUGGGCAUUAAACCAGUCCCGUCAGCGUCUGCUACCAACAUUUUCGGCAAGAUUGAAGAAAUGUUCAAAGAUGAUGGUAUUCCAUGGAGAAACAUGAUCGCUUAUGGAUCAGAUGGGGCCAACGUCAUGCGUGGAUCAAAGAAUUCUGUUUUGACUAGGCUCAAGAACGUUCAACCUUACCUGUAUUCUAUUCACUGCACAUGUCAUCAGCUCCACCUUUGUGCUCAGGGUGCUUCUAAAUGCAUACCACCCAUAGUAGAAGACUUCGCUAGGAAUGUGGCAUACUUUUUUGAGAAAAGUGCAAAGCGUGUCGCGAGAUACAAAGAGUUUCAGGCAGCUGCAAACGUUCCUUCACACAAGCUCAUAAAACCGUCCUCUACAAGAUGGCUCAGCUUGCAUCAAAGUGUAUCAAGAGUCUUGGAGCAGUGGGACGCUCUUGAACAGUACUUCACCCAAGACAACGAUGUAAGGAACGUUUCAAAAGUAAAGGAGUGGGUUGAAUUGAUGGCAGCCAAGUGCACUAAAGCCUACCUAUACUUUCUGAAGGAAGUCUUACCUAUUUUUACUACAGUGAACUGCCGCUAUCAGACAAGCAAUGUUAUGAUUCACAAACUGUAUGAUGACCAGCGACACAACUUCUGA